AGGGGCGGAACACAUCGCGCUAUUCUCUUUAGUGUUUGCCCUGUCUAUACUCACACUCUCUACCUCUCUCCCGUAUUUUCAUACUGAACCAGUCCACAAUACCUCCAAACCCGGAUUAAACCGAGGAGACACUACUCUUUAACAUCCAAACUCAUGGAGUAAAUCACAACCGGAGAGAGAUAAACCGAGGUAGAACUUUGCAGUCAAUCUACAAUCUCAUACUGUCUCCUCUCUUUAUACUCCAUCGAAAAAUUGUUCUUUCACCUGCAACUGCAAAGUCUGUACCUGGUUAUUAAAUCAACCCACCACCUUGUCAGCCAAUCAGAAUGUCACAGCUUCAGUUCCAGGCACCUGGCAACCCCAGUGCCGCCCCUUUACAGUUAACUCCGCCCCAACCCGGGUUCAGUAUUCCCUGUGCCACCGCUUCCUUACCAUCAGAGAGUGCCAGUCAUCCAAUUAGAAACUCCGCCCUGCCUUCUGCCUCAGCCACGCCCUUCUGCAACCCCACAGUCUCUAACAUGGCAAACCCUAAAGAGAAGACCCCGAUGUGUUUGGUGAAUGAGUUAGCCCGUUACAAUAAGAUUCAACCGGAAUACAAGUUACUCAGUGAACAAGGACCAGCCCACUCCAAGAUCUUCUCAGUACGGUUAACUCUGGGGGACCUGCACUGGGAUGCAGAGGGGACCAGUAUAAAAAAAGCCCAGCAUUCAGCAGCAUCAUGUGCCCUCGCCCAAACUUCCCUGCCAAAACCCACUCACCGAACCCCCCGUCACCCCGGCAAGAAUCCAGGUGGACUCUACAAGGGCUCAGAUUAUGGCAUAACCCACACUGUGGAGCUAAAUGCACUUUGUAUGAAGUUGGGCAAGAAGCCCAUCUAUAAACCUACAGAUGCCUACCAGGGGAUGAGACCAGCAUUUAAUUACAACAUCAGAGCACCAGGCCCCUAUGCUCGCUCCAUGCAACAUUAUUACUACCCAUUUCCCCCGGUUGGGCCAGUACUGUAUCACAUGGAGCUGUCGAUCGGAGGGCAACAGUUCCACGGCAAGGGCCGCACGCGUCAGGCAGCCAAACACGAUGCUGCCGCUAAAGCUCUAAAAUAUCUGCAAAAAGAGCCAAUGCUGCAGCAAAUGGCAGAGAUGAGUGAGGAACAGGCAGAAGAAAACCUCAACAAAUCCGAGAUCAGCCAAGUGUUUGAAAUUGCUCUGAAACGCAACAUGUCCGUGGAUUUCGAGGUGCUGAAAGAGGCGGGGCCUCCUCACAUGAAGAGCUUCGUGGUGAGAGUUACGGUGGGUGAGUUCUCAGGCGAGGGAGAGGGCAAGAGCAAGAAGAUCGCCAAAAAGCUGGCUGCCGUCGCCGUGCUGGAGGAGCUCAACAAACUGCCCCAACUUCCCGUCACUGAUAAGAUGCCACUACGCAUUAAAAAGAAAAGCAAAUCCAUUAUUAAGCUUCAAACUAGCCCAGAGUACGGUCAGGGCAUGAACCCCAUCAGCCGACUAGCACAAAUCCAGCAGGCCAAGAAAGAAAAAGAGCCUGAAUAUAUGUUGGUGACGGAGAGAGGACUGCCCCGACGCAGAGAAUUUGUCAUGCAGGUGUCUGUUGCGGGGCAGACUGCUGAGGGAAUGGGUCCUAGUAAAAAAGUGGCCAAGCGAAAUGCUGCCGAGAAGAUGCUGGAGCUUCUGGGCUUCAAAGUGCCUCAGCCACAACCCCCCAAACCUGCACUUAAAACAGAGGAGAAGCCACCUGCUAAAAAACCUGGAGAUGGACGAAAAGUGACCUUCUUUGAGCCAGGCUCUGUGGAGAAGGCUGCUCUUGUCAACAAGGAUGAAGAUUUCCGAAUGCCCUUCCUUAACCAUCAGCAGCUCCCUGCUGGAAUAUUACCCAUGGUACCCGAGGUGGCACAGGCAGUGGGUGCCAACCAGGGACCCCACGCCAAAGACUACGGUCGCCCAGCUGCUCACAACCCUGCCAAAGCCACAGUAACGGCCAUUAUUGCCAAUGAGCUCCUGUACGCUGGCACAUCCCCGACCGCUGAGGGUAUACUGAAGACUAACAACAACUUGGCACACAGACCUCACGGGCCCCUUACCAGACCAUCCGAACAACUCGGAUACCUGGCUACUGUACAGGGCUUACAGGUUGAAUAUAAAGACUUUCCAAAAAACAACAAAAACGAGUUUGUGUCUCUGAUAAACUGCUCUUCUCAGCCUCCUCUGAUCAGCCAUGGCAUCGGCAAGGACGUGGAGUCUUGCCAUGACAUGGCUGCUCUGAACAUCCUAAAGCUUUUGUCAGAACUUGACCAGCAGUCCAAUGAGCGCACAGCUAAUGGACCAAUGUCAGGGUGCAGCAAACAACACCUAGAGGGCGACCCAUUACUCAAACCGGCUAACUCAAGCAACAUCGGAAAGACUAUAGACAGCACAGUUUAAAAUUAACAAACGGUCGUUUUAUCUGCGAAACACUAGAGAAAAGUCAAAAGCAGAGUUUCAAUUGGCUGCACACAAAGGCCUUGAAUUAAAGCUAAAUGAAAUGAAAAUACUCUAAACUCACAGUUAAAAGUUUAGAGGUUUGAUGUUGAUUAACUGUACACAUGCAUUGAUCAGAUUUUUUUUAACGCAAAGGCUAUGAAAAAGUUCUAGUUUUUCAUCAUAUCCAGUGAAGUGGUGGUUUACUUUUCGUUGUUAAAUGAUACUCGUGACGUUUGACUUGAGUAGACAGGCUCUUUUCUUUGUUGUUUUAAGUGGAUGAAGUCAUGUGUUCAGUGUCAUUUUUUAUGUUUUUAUUAUUAUUGUUUUAAAUGUUGUAUUAUAGAAACCCAGGCAGUGAGUUGGGUUGUUGUUAGCGCUGUUGUGAAGUGCAGUAUAAACCCCACUGAAGGAUAUGAUGAAGCUAUCAAACACAUCUCUGCUGGUUUUUCUCCAGUGCUUUUUAAUUUACUUUUUACGACCAUAACGCAAAACAAAAAUGAUUUGACUUAAGUGUAGAGCGUUUGGUGGAGUAUAGUGUCAUCUGUUUGUGUGCGUGUGAAUGAGAGAGAGCGAGGUGAUAAAUGUACGUUUCAAGCACGAUAAUCUACAGUCUUGACAGUGAAACUGAUGUAUCCUCCUCUCAGUGUUAACCCCGCCCACUCUGCCAGUUGCAACCUUUUCCUCAUGGAAUAUGAAUUAAAUGAUGUGCCACUUGCACAACAACAAAAA